GUAGAAUCUGAGACCAGCGCUUUACUGUAAACACUGCUUAUCACUAGUUCUGAGAAGUAACCAAGAAACCAUCUGUGGACGAGGAGAAACCAAGCGAAGUAGACGUGAAGAACCAAAGACAAGAAGACACGAUGAAUAAAAGGAUAGUUUCUCAUGUCUGCUGCCUGCUUCUGGCUGUGCUUCAAACUCUCACACCUACUUCAGCACAAAACUCCACGGUCUCUCCGGUCAACAACACCAAAGCUGUAAUGCCCAAACCAGGAGCUGCCAGCUACUGGACCCUCCCAAAUGACGUCACAGUGAGUGUGGGCGAACCUGUGGCGUUUCAGUGUGGUGUGCCUGAAGGAUCUCAGAACCUCACCUUUACCUACUACAGCAGUCACAGAAACUACAUUCUCACCUGUCCUGAUGGCAAAGUGGAGGAUAUUCCCCAGGCCCUGUACGGAAGCUGUGAAGUGAAGAAAGGCGAGCUGUUGGCCAUUUGGACCCUCAAAGGAACCUCACUUUCUGACAAUGAAGCAAAGGUGGUCUGUCAGCAACCAGACGAUCCUAAUGUCAAUUCUGCUGUCCUCCAUGUUUAUGAUAAUGGUGCCAGCAAUGUUGUUCUUAUAGGCAGUUUGAUUGGAGGUUUCUUUGGUGUCCUGUUGGUGUUUAGUCUUCUGUUACUCCUGCUGCAAAGAUCAGAAAGAGUCCAGAACUGCUUUGGUGUGGAUGACACAGGAGAUGACUUGGAUAUAAUAUUCGAAGAAGAAAAGAAUUACACCAAAUUUUAAUUUGAAUUUUGUUUUUCUGAUUCUGUUUUAACUCUGAGUUUGCUGUAGUGAUGGCUGUGCUAACUGGGGUCUGGUGAUGAUAGUGUCAAAAAUGAUCCAGACCCAGUCUGUCUUUGAUAGUUUCAGUUUAUUACUCAUGUAAUUUAUUUUUAUGAAUUAUUAUUACUUUAAUUAUUAUUAUAAUUUAUAUAAUUGUUAUUAAUACAUUUUAUUAAGGUUUAUUAUUAUUUUUAUUUAUUUGUUAUUGUUGCCAAGAUCCACCAAUCAGCCAGAACAUUAUGACCACUGACAGUGAAAGUAGCAUUGUACAUCUUGUUACAGCACAAUUCUCUGGUGAGGAAACCUAUUUCCUGGUAUUCAGGUGAAUCAUAUUUUAAUACACUGUGAAAAAAAAUGAAAUGCUGUAUUUACUUAACCAUGUUAUGUUACCU